AUGACUGCGUCAGAAACGCCUGAAGAAUAUGAAGCCAGGUUAACAAAGCAACGUGAGCGAUACACACAGAUGAUAGCGUCAGAAACGCCUGAAGAAUAUGAAGCCAGGUUAACAAAACAACGGGAGCGAUACACACAGAUGAUAGCGUCAGAAACGCCUGAAGAAUAUGAAGCCAGGUUAACAAAACAACGGGAGCGAUAUACACAGAUGGUAGCGUCAGAAACGCCUGAAGAAUAUGAAGUUAGAUUAAUACAAAGCCGUGAAAGACAAAGAAGUUGGGUUCAGAAACGCCUGAACAUCGCGAUACGAGUUCGGUACAACGCUGCUGCAUUAACAUACUUACCUGUGGAGUUAACUUCGAAAAUAUCAUUGUUAUUAUGUUCCCGCUAUCAAACACAUGUUACUAGUAAUAAAACAACAGCACCACCAAAAGCUUACUGGAAUAAUCUGGAUCCAGGUUCUAUACCAGACGUUAUUCAAACAUUGACACAGGCGGAACAACGUUUGCUGUGCAGAAUAAUUCCCUUUGUUAAAAUCGUGAAAUUUAGUGGCCUCUAUGGGCAGUACGGUUUUCGAGGACAGGCAGUUUUAUUUGCCCAAGAUAUCUUUGAAGUCAGUGAAAGACUGCCUAGUAUGCUACCAAGAUCUGCAAGCCAGGUAGGCAUUAUUGUAGUAACCGAACGAUUAGAAAAUUUGAACAUCACCAGGGAAUUCACAAUAUGUCGCGAAAAAGUCUAUAGUGCUUUAAGAUGGUUAAUCAGAAAUAACCCGCUUUACAAAGAUGUACGUAUUGACGACAAUUCCCAAAUUAGUGACCAGGAGUUAGUACGACUUAGUGUGCCCGAAUUGUCUGAAGAUGAAGCGUCCGAAAGGAAUGAAAAUGAAAUUCGAAAUGCAUUCAUUCCAAUUAAUAAUGUUGCAAGAAUUAUUCGAGCUUCAUGGCAUCAAGGUGACUACAACGUCUUUACUUCGCGAUAUGCUGGUGUACAAUGUAGUGCUAUGUCGUUGGCGAACAUUGUCCGAGCUGCAAUCCUAAGCCCUAAUCAAUGGGACGUCAAUAUUCUGAAUGCUAAUAUGUUAGCGGGUGACUCCUUAUAUUGCUGGAUUCGUACCCAGCUUGAUCCUACUGAACUGGAUGAAACAGGAUAUUUAGAGAUACGAAACUUUCAUAUCGUCAGGCAAAGUUUACAAAUGUAUGAAUGCCGAUUUUCUAUAGAAUAUGAUGAAGACACUCUUUUAUUCGGGAGUCUCCAAGAUUCUGCAAAUACCAAUAAUAUCGGCAUUACAUUACAUACAGCUUUAAAUAGAUUAUUUGAUAGUCAUUCUUCAGGAAUAUUAACAGACAAAUACUAUUUUGCUGACUCCCAUUCUUGUGGCCCAAAAGGAAAACCAACACCAGAAAAUGGCAAAGCCUGUGUUAUAGAAUGCGACAACUUACAAGAACUGUGCCGCAUCUGUAAAAGAUGCCUCGGAUCCCGUAAUAUCGCGUACACCCUUACACGCGUAGACGUACAUUUGAGGGAAAAUAUUAUCACUCGUCAAGGUGUUAAAGUACAGCAACAGGAAGAUGCCAUCACUCAUCAGGAUGUACAAGUACAACAACCGCUUUCGAAUCUGAGAUCUGAAACUAUACCUAUACAAACAUCUGUAAUGUUGCGUAUUGAUAGCGUCCAACCUGAUGUUGAAGAUGAGCUAGAGGUAUCUGAAAAUGUAAACGAAAUCAGAAGGAAGACGAAUAAUAAUAUUGUGAAUGAAGCGUAUGAGUUAAAAGCAGAAGAGUUCGCAUGGUAUCAGCUUUUCCCGUAUGGAAAAAAUGGUUUGAAAGAACAACGGCCCGUAAAUAUAAGUCCUUUGGAUUACUAUCAAUUUCGUUUAUUAGGUGCUGAUGUUAGAUUCAGCGCAACGAUUACCUAUUCUAUGCUCUAUCAAUGUUUGAGUACUAUCGAGUUAAAUCAACCAUUGCAGCUUGUGCUAGAAAAGUUGAAGGUGAAAACGGCAAUCGAGUGGAAGACCUGCACUUAUAUUUAA